UGAGUCCCUGUUCGUACCUCAGACAUGGGUUCCGUGGAGCGCGCCCAAAAUGUCGGGCGACUCCUGCGUAAGGAAGCGAAUGACGUGACGACCAAAUGGGAGCAGCUGAAUAGCAACUCUGCCGAUUGGCUGAGGAGGCUGGAGCUUGCUCUGCAGCGGCUGAUGGAGCUCCUGGAGGCAGAGGACCUCGUGGAUGGCCAGCUGAGACAGGCGGAGAUGGUCAAGGACGCUUGGGAGCCUGUCGGGGACCUUCUCAUCGACUCGCUGCCCGAGCACAUCCGAAGAGUCAAGGAGUUCCAGGAAGAGAUCGCUCCCAUACAGGAAGACGUAACGCACAUGAACCAGUUGGCGUCCACUUUCACUCUGCCUGAAAUCCAGCUGUCGCCCAACAACCUGAAAUGCAUUGAGGAUCUCAACACACGCUGGAAAUUGUUGCAG